AUGGCACAACACAUAGACCCCUGCUGUCUGCACAACCUCUCCUACCACCCGCGAUGGCAGCACAACUUUAUAAAAGGGAAGAGAAAAAAACAUAUAUGGACAGACACUUUCAGCGGAUGUAGUCGAUUUGAAUCUUUAUCAGCAUCGUCAUCAUUGUCAAAAAGGUCAUUAUCAUCCAGACCACAGUUGCUAUCAUCUGCCCUGCAGCACACCAGGAGCUGGUGGAGGAACUGGUUUCUUUUGCCCUUUCUCAUAGUCUCAUUUUUCCCCCAUCAAGCCUCUGCAACCACUUUCACAAUGGCUCUAGUUGGACCCUGGACAUGUGACCUAUUAUACUCAAAAGCCCUCCCUGACUUGGCUGCCAGCCUUGCCAUCAACCGCAUAAACAAGAACACCUACCUCAAUAAAGGGUACUGGUAUGACUACAAGCUGAUCAAUGAGGACUGCCAGUCAUCCCGUGCCCUGGCUCGCUUCGCUGGGCUCAAAGGUUAUGCAGCUGCUUACCUGGGCCCAGCCAACCCAGGCUACUGCUCCUCAGCUGCUUUGUACGCCAAAGAGUGGGAUCUUGGGCAUCUUUCCUGGGCCUGCCUCAAACCCAACAUGAAUAAAGGACAUAUGUAUCCUACUUUCAUGAGGCCACUGCCACUCUCCUCUCAUGUACUUUUUACAGUGUUGCGAUAUUUUCGGUGGGCCCACGUGGCCAUAAUCUCAGAGGAGUCAGACGUGUGGGAAGCCACAGGGCAUGAGCUGGCCUCUUCACUUAGGGCCCUCGGCCUGCCUGUUAAACCGGUGGUCACAAUGGAGAACAACAAAGAAGGCCCUCGGGCAGCUUUGACAAAAGUGCGGGAGACAGACCGGGUCAGAGUGGUCAUCAUGUGCAUGCCCUCGGUCCUGAUUGGUGGCCAUGCCCAGUACCAACUUCUGACAACAGCCUUGGCUAUGCGCAUGAUUGAUCGUGGCUAUGUGUUCAUUCCCUACGAUACCCUUCUCUACUCACUACCCUACAAUGAUGCACCCUACUAUAUGUUGGGCAAUGACACCAAGCUCCGGAAAGCCUAUGAUGGAGUUUUAACUAUCACCAUGGACUCUGGUGAACGCAAUUUCUAUGAGGCCUUCAAACAAGCUCAGGACAGCUACGAAAUACGUACCAGCACUGCCCCAGAGCAGGUUUCUCCAUUCUUUGGCACCAUCUACAACAUGAUGUACUACACAGCUAUGGCUGCUGAGCAGGCCCGCGCCAGUGAAAGCCGCUGGGUAACUGGUCGGAUCCUGGCCGAUGGCGAGGGUGGCUUUGAGUUCGAAGGAUUCAAUCAGCCCCUGAGGGCUGGCAGGAACGGUGAAGGCAUGCAAGCUCAAUACGUGGUCCUGGACUACAGCGGCAUCGGCAACACCCUGUACUCCACUCAUUCGCUUCAUGCUUCUCACACGGACAGCAAGAGCGGGGGCUUGAAAUAUCUCGGCCGUUCAAUCCAUUUUGCAGGGAGCACUCCCAGCAAAGACUCAACCUGUUGGUUUAGCCCAUACUUUGCCUGUACUGGAGGCAUAAGUUCGGCUGCUGUCUUCUUCCUUUUCCUGAUGUUCAUUUCGUUGAUUGGAUUUUUAGUAAACAUCUUUCUUCGCUACAGGAGAGAUGGCAAAGUUGGGUUCAGCUUUGGAGGUGGUGGCCACAGUGGUGGAUCGACAAAGGUGGUGCUGACCCUUGAUGACCUGGUCUUCAUCAAUACCCAAGUCAGCAAGCGGAAGCUAAAUGAUGAUAGUAUAGCGAAAAGCCAGGGGGAUAUGAAGACGCCUCACCACUCAGUGUCCGGCCGUAGCUACUUAGCCUCCACGCCAGACAGCUCGAAUGUUGCUGUUUUUGAGGGUGACUGGGUUUGGCUGAAGAAAUGUCCCGCUGGAUCAGUAUCAUGCGUCUAUAACAACACUGAGAGUGUCUUUGUCAAGCUCAGAGAAAUGAGGCACGAGAACCUCAAUCUGUUACUGGGGCUGUUCUUCGACUCUGGGAUCUUUGGCGUUGUGAUUGAGCACUGCACCAGGGGCAGCUUGGAGGAUUUGCUCAGCAAUGAAGAAGUGCGUCUCGACUGGAUGUUCAAGUCUUCCUUGUUAAUGGAUCUGAUCCGGGGUAUGAAGUACCUGCACCAUCGUGAUAUCAUCCACGGUCGACUCAAAUCCCGUAACUGUGUGGUAGAUGGGCGUUUUGUGCUGAAGGUGACAGAUUACGGGUUCAAUGAUAUUUGGAUUGCCCAAAAUAUUGACACAGAUGAAAAGCCAGAGGAUCUACUUUGGACGGCUCCUGAGCUGCUGCGAAGUUCUAGUCAGAGGAGGAGGGGCACUUUUGCAGGUGAUGUCUACAGUUUCUCCAUUGUUUGCCAGGAGGUCGUCUCUCGCUCUGCACCUUUCUGCAUGUUGGACAUGCCUCCAAAAGAGAUUAUCAACAAGGUCAAGGAGCCUCCGCCUUUGUGUCGGCCUGUCAUAUCAGUGGAGGAGGCCCCGGUGGACGUGAUACAGGUCAUGAAACAGGCCUGGAGUGAAGAACCAGAGCGGAGGCCGACCUUUGAUGAUAUCUUCAAACAGUUCAAGAGCAUCACCAAGGGAAAGAAAACCAACAUCAUUGACUCCAUGCUGCGCAUGUUGGAACAGUACUCCUCCAACUUAGAGGAUCUGAUCAGAGAGAGGACGGAGGAGCUGGAGGUGGAGAGGCAGAAGACUGACAAUCUGGUGGCUCAGAUGUUGCCCAAGUCUGUGGCCCAGGCACUGAAGACAGGCAAGCCUGUCAAACCAGAGCAUUUCAAUGAGAUCACUCUGUACUUCAGUGACAUUGUGGGCUUCUCCACCAUUUCAUCUCUUAGCGAACCCAUUGAGGUGGUCAACCUACUCAAUGACCUCUACUCACUUUUUGAUGCUAUCAUUCUGCUGCAUGAUGUCUACAAGGUGGAAACUAUUGGAGAUGCCUACAUGGUAGCCUCAGGGGUCCCCAACAGGAACGGCAAUCGUCAUGCAGCUGAAAUGGCCAACAUGUCUCUUGACAUCCUCCACUGCAUUGGGACCUUCAAGGCGAGGCACAUGCCUGAUCUCAAAAUCAGAAUACGUGUUGGCCUGCACAGUGGCCCAGUUGUAGCAGGAGUAGUCGGCCUUACGAUGCCUCGGUACUGUCUGUUUGGAGACACUGUCAACACAGCAUCUCGAAUGGAGUCCACAGGGUUGCCUUACAGAAUCCAUGUCAACCAAAGCACAGUUGAUGUCCUGAAGAGCUUGAACCUCGGAUAUAAAAUUGAUGUCAGAGGCCUGACAGAGCUAAAGGGAAAAGGUAUUGAGACCACUUAUUGGUUGGUGGGUAAGGAGGAUUUCACCAAACCUCUGCCCGAUCCUCGAGACCUUCCAGGGGGAAGCACUCAUGUGAUCAGUUUAGAAGAGAUACCCGCCGACAGAAGACAAAAAUUCCUGGAUCGACAGAAGAAGACAAACUAGCCCGUGGUUUAUCAUUGGAAAGUGAUCAGAGGUAGAUCAUUGACUGAAAAGUUGAACAUGCAAUAUCUGACAGCAACUACACACAAGACUAAAGAAAAUGUCUAUAUUAAUCACAUCAAUCAAUCCUUUGCUCUUGUAUGAAAAAAGUAGGUGAAACUGUCUAUGCUCUAUAUGUUUAUUGGAUGUUUUAUACCAAAAAUAGACAAAAGUGACACUGCAGAUCCAAAAUGUGUAGGUUUAUAGAACAGCACAUUUUGCCUAACAGAACGGAGUAACGAUGAAAGUGUCUACAAAUAUGAUUACAGUAUUGUGUGUAAUGCUGGUGUGCUGUACUGUAUGUAUUUGUACUGAACCACGUGCUUUAUAGAGAUUCUGGAGGGAUGCUGUCAUAAACACCUUAAUGGUGGAAGCUAUUACUGCCUGAUUAUUCAUCUCAGCUAUAAUGGUGUCUACACUGGACUCACUUUA